GAUUAUUUCAAGGUCACAAAUAAAAAAUUUUAUAAGUCACAAAUUAUUUUUUAGUUACAGAUUAUCAAAUUUUCAGGUCACAGACUAAACUGUUGAUGUCACAAAUUAUUUUUAGUAAUAGAUUAUCAAAUUUUAAGGUCACAGACCAAAUCGUUUGUCACAUAUACCAAAUACUCCAUUCUCGAUCCCAAUCCACCAUCAAUACUUGGUCACAGAGCAACCAAAUAUUUGAUCACAAUCACUACUACACGUCGCUCCUACCACAACACCACCACGACCACCCCCUAACAACAAAAACAACCAAUAAAACAUAACGAUUGACUGCACCACACCACACCACUGCACUGCACAACCACCAAUUGAGAUACAGUAAAAAAUCACCACCACCACCACCAUCGCCGCCAGCAUCACACCACCACCAACCAAUAUCACAACCACCAUCACCCAAAAAGUAACAGAAAACCUAUCACCACAGCACCCACAACACUACCACACCCAAACUCUGGCACCACAGUGGCCUUAAUAAGCCGUCUUAUAAAUGGUAAAUCAAUCAUUACCUAAACUUAAAGCAUACCCACAGCAGCCCUAAUCUACCAUCUGCAUCUAAUGGCGCUACUAUCCACCGAUUGAAUCGCGUGGCGCCACCAUACCUCUCGUUAAUGUCGUUUGGGUGCCACCAUACCCACCGUACACAGACUACUGAAGCUUCGUUCACAUCGCUAUUGGAGACUGCACAACGGUGAAGACAAAGACGACGACAGACGCUUUGCUCCACAACCAUCACGUUGCUGAACAUGGGAUAACAAAUGGCUAGUCCUAUCUGCAUCAUAUCGCUGCCACCUCGGAUGGUAACACCGCCAUCGUAGCUGCCGCCACCUUCGAUGGUAACACCACUGCGUCGGAGAUUCACUUUCAGGGCUGGCGCCGCUAUUGUUGAGAGAGACAAGAGAUUAGGGUGAAGAGAAAAAUGGUACUGGGUUGAGAUUUUAGAGAGAGAAGAAGAAGAAAGGGGUGAACUGGGUCUUGUGUUUUUGGAGAGAGGAGAAACAGGGAUGGGGGAAUGAUUUAGGGUUUGUAUGGAUACUUUAUUUUUGAUUAAAAAAGCUUUUCACCUGAUUUUUGCACUGCCGUUUUAAAAUAUCUGGAUUCCUGUAAUUUCCUCAUUAAUGAUUUGGAAAAAAAAAGAUUAAAGAUUUGGGUGGUGGGCUGGGUAGAUGGUUCCUUUUGUGAUAGUUAGGGUUAAGUUAUUAGGAUAGGGGUAAAAUAUAUGGAACAACACCUUCUUAUCUAGCGGCAGCAGCUAAUGAAAUUCCUCCCUCUCUCUCUUUUUAAAUUGUAGAAAAUUCUAAAUUGAAAUUUCGGGUGUGAAUAAUACCGUAAACAGUAACCCUUUUUUCUUUAACUGAGAAAGAAGAUUGAAAAAGAAAACUGUUGCCUUACAACAAAUGUUCUUUUGUCUUCAUUUGUGCUGUUCCACGAGUUUUGGGAAGGAAAUAAGAAGAAAUUUUGGAAUGUAGGAGAGAAAUUACCCAAGGUUCUGCUCUAAUACCAAAUUUAAUGUAGGAUAGAGAAGAGGGCAACAAGAAAGAGGGGAGAACCAGGGAGAAUGGGGGGAGAAAUCGGAGAAGAAGCAAAAAUUCAAGGGAAAAGGAGAAGGAGACGACACAACCAAUUUCAGUUCAUUAUAAUCAUCAACUGUCUCAAUUACAUGGCAAACUAAGUUUAAAUAAUAAAGCAAAACCCUAAAGAGAAAGGGCAAGCCCAUUAAAUAAUAGUCCAACUAAAGUAAACAAAAUAAAUAAGAGUCCAAAUAAAAAUAAAAAAAAAUUUCGGUGGAUGUCCUCAUCAAAAUUGGUCCGAAAUGGCAGACGAUCAACUAUGUACUAGGAUUUAUGGUGUUUUGCGCAUUCACAGGGGAUGGAAAGCACAAGCGAGAAGGUCCCUGUGUGGGAACUAAAGGUUUCAGGGCUCCAGAGGUAUUGUUCAGAUCUCUACAUCAAGGCCCCAAGAUUGAUGUUUGGUCAGCUGGAGUCACCUUACUCUACCUGAUGAUUGGACGAACACCUUUUGUUGGUGAUCCCGAUCAUAACACGAACAGGAACAUUAAGGAGAUUGCAAAGUUGAGGGGCAGUGAAGAUCUAUGGGAAGUAGCCAAGAUACACAACCACGAAUCAUUGUUCCCAGUGGAUUUGUUUGAUGUAAAAUACUUGCCAUCGGUAAAACUUCGAGAUUGGUGUGAAAGUAAUACACGAAGAUUGGAUUUUCUCGAGUCUAUACCAAGAUCACUUUUUGACCUUAUCGAUAAGUGUUUAACAGUAAAUCCAAGAUUGAGGAUCAGUGCAGAGGAAGCUCUUAGGCACGAGUUUUUCUCUUCGUGCCAUGAGACGAUUAGAAGGCAUAGGCUGCAAAGACAAGGGCUAAGUCUAGACUCUGGAAUUACUCGUAUCCAACAUGGACAGUCUCAGACAGCUGAACUAACGUUGUAAACAUUUUAAAUAAUCAAAUCCUCUCUAUAAUUCUGUUGUUA